AUUACGAAUGUCUCAUAUUGUUUUGCAGUAUAGUAUACAACGUUAGUAUGAAUACAUUAUGACGUAAUAUACUAAUCGCGGAGUAUUUACGGUGUGACGUGGAGUGAAACAAUGACGUCAUACACUAGUGACGUCAACCACAAUUCUAUCUAUGAAACAGAGCGAAAAAACAAGCGGACUUUGCUGGCGGACAAUAUAAACUCGAUCAUGCGUGACAGUGUCACUUUUGUGACGUCAUCAAUCGCGGACCUGACGUCAUCAUGUGUCUCUCUUGGAGACGACUCGGUUUUUAACUCAACUUCGUACGAAGAGGACGUUCGGCUCACAACCGGCAUCUGUAGAGAUUAUAUUUGCUACCGACUGAAGCGUGACGGGUUCGGGGAACGAGUUACUGUGACUGAACAUGCGCCGGCACACAAUCAUAACCUUUCAAAUAAGAUAUUGAAUUUAGGUAGCGGUUUUGAGCGUAUGUUUCCGAAGAGUUUUCGGCAGAUUUCGCGACAAAUCGGAUACGUGUUCAGUUCAGAGGCGACCGUACGAAGAUUGUAUUUCAGAAUGGGCGUUCAUAUUAUGGGAGUUGUCGAAUGCAAUUAUACAUGGGGAAGAAUUUUGUCGCUUCUGGGGCUUGCUGGUGCUAUGGCUGUUGACUGCAUAUCUCAAGGACACCCAGAACUCGCUGAAUCGAUGAUUGGAAUCUCGAGUGAUUUUAUUCAAAGAAAUGCUCUUGAUUGGAUUAUAAAGCAUGGUGGUUGGGGUGGCUUGGUCGAUAACUUUUCCCCGAAACCUAUGAAAUCGUAUUGGUCAACACGGAAUAUUUUGAAAUGGAAUGGAGGUGUCACUCUCGCUGUAUUUAUUCUUCUCUUUGCACUAAUGCUGGCUAUUCUACCACGUUUAAAAACCAACGAUAACUAAGUUAUUGUAGGUUGGGGUAAGAUGGUUCAUGUUUUCAUUACUUUAUUCUCCCAUUUGGUAGUAAACAAAGAAUAUUUACAAAACUCUGUAACCGGAUUCUAACGACUCUAAAUGAGCAUUGUUAUAGUUGUUAAAAACACGAUUAGGAAAUAUGGGAUAUUAUGUGCUAAGUUUCCAUCUUACCCCACAGUAUUAUAUACAAUAUUAGAACACAUUUUUCACUGUGAGGUGUUUAUUUAGCGAUAUUCGAAUUCUGUAUGUGGUUUCUUCUUAUAAGUAAAGUUCUCAUUCAACCGAUUCGAGUUUUGCUGUGUCAUAAUUUGGUACAUUAGGAUGUUAAAACUACUUCACGAGUUUUAUGUUGUGCAUUCUGGUUUUUGAAGGCCAUAGCCGACCGCAGAAAAGUCUAGUUUUAAAUGAAUCGUUCAUUACACUUUACGAACUAACACGAAAGACCAUACAAUAACAUAUGGACAUUGUUUGGCGCAAAUCAGAAAUAAUUUUCAUUGCAGCAAUUUUAACUCCCACAUUAUGACGCAACUAAAUGCUAAAUGGCAUCAGCAUUACAUGUGUUCGUGUAUUACUUCCGUUGUGGUUCAAUAUAUAUAUCAAUAAAACGUGAAACCAAAGUCAUUUGGUUUCUGUUUGAAAA